AUGAUGCUGCGUUGGUCUACAACAGCACCACCUAAAACAACUCCACCAACACCACCUAAAACAACUCCACCAACACCACCUAAAACAACUCCACCUAAAACAACACCACCUAAAACAACUCCACCUAAAAACACCACCUAAAAACAACUCCACCUAAAACAACUCCACACAUCCACAUCUACAGCACCACCUAAAACAACUCCACCUAAAACUCCACCAGCUACAACAGCACCACCUAAAACAACUCCACCUAAAACAACACCACCUAAAACAACACCACCUAAAACAACUCCACCUAAAACUCCACCACCUAAAACAACACCACCUAAAAAACAACACCACACAUCAGCACCACCUAAAACAACUCCGCCUAAAACAACUCCACCAGCACCACUUAAAACAACUCCACCUAAAUCAACAACACCUAAAACAACUCCACCCACAGCUACAUCACCAGCUACAUCACUACGUCCACAUCAGCUCCACCUAAACCAGCCCCACCACAUCUACAUCUACACCAGCUCCACUUAA